AUGCGCCGCUCUGUGCUGCCUUCACCGGGUGGAUGCAGGCUGGUGCCUCGGGCAAAUUGUGUGAAAAUGGCCUUUUCACACGCCGCUCGGCUGCUUCUCGCCCUCUUCACAGUCGUCACGGCGGGCCGUUCGGCCGCGGGAAGCCGAGUUCUCUCGGGCCGCGUGUGGACGAGAGGGUUGUGCCACCUGACGGUGAGCGAAAACCUGCCACAGGGCAGCGUUUUGCCGUUGCCCAUGGUCCUGGCGCCCGAGGAGACGCUCGAUUUGACGCACAACAACGCCUAUUUCGGCCUACUUACCACGCCCGACAACAACACCACCACCACCACCACCACCACCACCAGCGGAACCGGUAGAGGCGAGUUGGAGAUCGUCUGGAGGAGCCUGAUCGAGGAGGGCGUCGUGACGACGACUCGACUCCGUCCCAGUCUCGUCAGUCUCAGCUCGUUGAACAGAGAGUUUGUCUGCCAACGGGAGCCGGAGUGCGAUUGUCGCUAUGGCAACAGUCUUCCGGACCGACGAUUUGCCAGUGGACAGAUUGACGGUGUUGAAAGGCUGAUCUGUCGCCUCGGCGUCGACGUGAUCAUUCGUCCGAUUGACAAGACCCCGGUGCCGACGAAAGCUCGUCUCUCGGCGGUCUCGUUGAUCCGCUUUCCCCGACCCGAGCGUCUGUAUGUGUGUCUGGCUCCCGCCCUCUGGCCCGUCCAUGCUGGCCGGUUUCGCGUCGGGUCCCCUGCCGACCUCUGGCGGCCUGGCAACCAGACAACGCGAGCUAGACACGCCGGUGUUCGAGGUGAGUCUGGAGGAGCAUUCGGCGCGCCCGACAACACGCUGCAUGCCUACACAAUUCGGUGUUCCGAUGCGGCCGGCAACCGCGGCGACGCCAAGGCCGACUUGGAGGGGUUGGGCGGAGGUCUGUUCAGCGUCUCUUUCGGCCUAGACACUCCGCAGCCGGGAUUGCAGCGGUCGACCGAGGCUUGGCUUAAUCUGGUUGUCGUGGCCGACAUGGAUUUGGAGGCAGAAGCUGCGAAGUUGGCAACCGCCGGCGAGGCGGCAGGUCGCCGGGUGGUGGGUUGGCCGAUGGUGUGUGUGGUGGAGGCGACCGACGGCCUGCACACCGGCCAGUUGGGCGUGAGGAUCCGGCCGAAAGACGUCAACGACCAUCGGCCCGCCUGGCAACCGCCGCUGUUGCUCACCUCCAAAGUCCACCUCGAGCCGAGCGUCAAUGGCUCGCAGACGGCAGACGACACGGUCGAGUGGACAGUUCGUCUGGCCGAGUCCGUCUCGCCCUAUUUGCCUUUGCUGCAGUUGCGGGCUCGCGAUCCCGAUCGCGACUUUGGCCAACUCACCUUUCGUGCUCGACACGGCCCUGGUUCGAGUCCCGCCGCCAUGUUCGGCCACCUGGACGCGGCUUGCCGAGCCCUUUUGGGCUCCGCCAAUGAGCGAGCAGCCUCGCUGUCGGCGUCGCCGUUAGCCUCAUCCGCAGCGUCCGAGUUGGCGUCGCCGUUCAGCCUGUUUCGUAUCGAUCCGGCCGGCGGUGAGGUCAGCCUGACUGGUCGGCUUGACUACGAAACCGUUCGGCAAUCGGAAGAGGAGGCGGUGAUCACCUUCUACUCGGCCAGUCGUGUCGGCCUUAGCAACGGACUGAAGGGGCCUCGGCAACCGGUGUUCGGGCCCGGCGUGACGGCACGCACUCGCCUGCUAUUGCGCGAAAACCAACGGCCCAGUCGACCUUUGGACUAUUUGACCAUGACCGAUGCCGACGGACCGAGCAACGGAAAGCCAACCUGUCACCUCAUCGACAACCCGUUGCCGGGCGUCUUCAAUCUCACCCAAUUGGGACCCGAGCUUUGGGCGCUCGUCGGCCUGGCACUCGUCGAUCAAGAACAAUUUUCCGGCAAGACGAGCCCUUCCAGCGCCGGCGUCUACCACGGCCUGCAGACGAGUCGAGUCGCCAUCGCCGCUCCCACUCUGCUGCAACUAAUCGUCCGUUGCCAGGACAACCCAGAGCCAUGGCAGCCACGUCUGGAGACUCGAGCGGUGAUUGUGCUUGAAGUUUUGGACGAGAACGACAAUGCGCCCGUCUUUCUGUCUGGCCGACGCCUGGGCGACACGGGACAGCUAUUAAAGGUCACUUAA